UGGAGAUUCAUCUUCCCCGCAGCACCCGAGUAAUCAGGCGAGGUGUGUCCCGACGUGGUCGUCUGUUUGAAAAAAAAAAAAAAAAAGGCUUAAAAUUGAGAGUAAGGCCUUUACAAAUUCAGUAAGACGCAAUGAGGCCACUGAAGAACGAAGAAACCGUCUUGGUUUUUACUAAGCUGAAAAAAUACAUUGGAAGUAAUGUCCGAGCCCUCUUAGAACGGUCAGAUGGGCUCUAUUGCUUCCGCCUUCAUAACGGCAGAAUAUAUUAUGUGAAGGAAGACAUAAUGAAGUUUGCUGCAACUCUACCUCGGGACAACAUUGUCUCUCUAGGGGUGUGUUUUGGCAAGAUAACAAAAGGAGGAAAGUUCUUACUUCACAUCACAGCCUUAGACUUUCUUCAUCCUUAUUGCCAGAACAAAAUAUGGAUCAAGGAGUCAGCAGAGCAAAACUUCAUGUAUGGCAAUCAUGUUUACAAGUCUGGCCUGUCACGAAUUUCAGAAAAUACUCCAAAGUAUGCUGGGGUAGUUGUGCUUUCUUCAAAGGAUAUCCCAUUGGGAUUUGGAGUGGCUGCAAAAGCGACAGCGGAAUGUCGACAUGCUGACCCUAUGGAUAUAAUUUGUUUCCACCAAGCAGACAUUGGAGAAUAUGUCAGAAAUGAAGAGGCUUUGAUCUAGGCCCACCUUGAGCAGGAUGUCAAGAAUUUCCUCAUCAUCCAUAAAAGGUCCCAGAUGUCUAAACAGCUAAGGGUUUUAUAUUGAAUGGGAAUGUAAUGGAGACAUAAAACAUUCUCAAGAAUCCCAGAGGAGACUGCCACACCAUCCAGACAUCUCUGAGUGCUACCUACAACUGGGCUGAACCCACACAUGGUUGAUCUAAGUUUGGUGUCAGCCACCACUCAUCCACAAAAACCCUGCUGUCAAUUAUUAUACUAAGGUUUUUCUUCUUAAGAGGAAGCAUGUUCUUUAUAAGAGAUCAUUCUCACUAAAAGAUUUUUAUUCUAUAUCAGCCUCAAAAUUCCAGAACACAGUAAGUGUAUGCCCAUGGGGGUUAGCUUGAUAUUGGAUUAAGAUUUAAGUAAUGUGAGAAUUCAACAAAAGUUACUAGAGUGAUCUUUUCAGUACACUGAGCAAUAUAUAUAUUUGUAUUCACAAUGUGUACAACUACUUGCAAUGUCAUAUUCUUAUCUUAUAUGAUACUUCAUAUAAAUCACAAAAUAAUUUUAUAAU